GUCAGACACACACACACACACAGGGCAGGUUGAUAGUGCUGACAGCAGGGAAGCAUUGCUGCUGUCUCUGUGUGUAGCUGCUCUGCAGAGGCUUCAGGGUGGCCUUGCUGUGUACCUUAGAGACUGGUUAGUUAGACAUCUCGGCGUCUGUGUGUGUGGCAGUGGGUGACUGAUGGCGGGUCCUGGCUGCAGGCUGCUCCGGCUCGCUUGUGUCACACUCGCUGUGACAGCCGACUGCGCGGCAGUGACAGCAGCCGCGCAGAGUGUCACGACUGCCACGCCAACCACGACUGCUGAUACGGAGCGUGCUCCAUACAGCUCGCGGGUGGCUGCCGUGCUGGCACCGUGUCUGGUUGGCUUGGCGGUAGUGGUGAUGCUGGGGCUGGCGCUGGCCGUAGCCAAACUGCGAGAGAGGCGGCAGACGGAGGGAGGUUUCAGUCCGCGGCAACUCGAGGCUCCUGGUGGUCGCAACCCACCUGCUGAGCUGGGAAGCACAUCCAUCAGCACUUUGGCAGCGCGCGUGGAGCGCCUGGUGUAGUGCAAAGCAGUGAGGAGGGGAGAAGUGUGUGUGAGGGUGUGUGAGAGAGACAGAAAUAAACCGCAUCCUGUGUGAGCGCCUUUAAACCAACACAUUUCUUUCACAUUUCCAGCAAGCACCUGUUACCUGAUCCUGCCUCUUUGCCUUCUUCCCUCCAGCUGACCUCUGAGGGUUUGACCUCUGACCUCUUGCUGUCCGUCAGUCUGGCAUCCGUUGUCCUGCUGCUGGUCCUCAUCGUCGCCUCCGUCGGCCUGGUGGUGGCUCUAAAUCGCCGCGCCACCCACGGCACCUACAGUCCC